UGUAUUUAAAAGCAAAUAUUUGCUACAAAAUGCUCUUCUCGUAAUAAUUAUGAGUAUUACUAAUCUUAUUUAUAAAAUAUUUUUGUGUGUGAUUCCUUAUUGCAUUAGUUAUAGGUAAAACCUAGAAGUGAGCUGAUUUCAUGCAAUCUAUGCAGUCUGUAAAUGUUGAAUUGUUCCAACAUAGGACUACACAGCCAGGACAAAAAAAAAUACAAUAUUAGGAGGGGGUGUAGAAAUGGGUGGGAUAUAUGUCACCCUUUCUAAAGCAUUUGGUUCCCAAAGCCCCCUCCCUCUGCUCCAUCCAUCACCAUCCCCCUUCAGAAGAUCUCUCACUAACACACGCACUCACAGUCGCACACACACAAAAAAAGUUUCAACAACAAGCUUUUUUGGACCAAUGGCAUGAAAGAGACCCGGGAAAGGGGCUGAGCAAAGGGCGAGGAGAUCAGGAGAAAAGCAGAGAGGUUGAGCAGGCUGGAUGAGAAGCAGCAGCAUCGCUCUAUUUUGUGUUUGUUUGCUUUUCCAUGCAUGCAUAAUGAGGUGUAAUGGGAGCACGUUGUGAGUGCAGUUUGUGUAUUUAAAGCCUGCAAACACUUCACAGACUGAUCCCUGGUUUGUUGACAGGAGAACCAUCAGUGGGUCAGUAGCAGAAGCCUCUACAGACCCCAAGUUUUUUUUUCUUUUCCCUCUUUUUCUCCUCCCCUCUGUGAGAAAGUGAAAAUACUCCAGCUUCACCCAGGAGGAGAGCAGUGAAUGGGACAGCUAAGGACUCGGCCGUUUUACAUUACAGCCGGCUCAUUGUGAGGAGCUCUUGGUUGGAGGCAGCAGAAGGGGACUAAAAUUAUCCAGCCAGAGCGCACUUGUGCAAGGAUACCCAGCCAGGCAGGAGACAUGAGCUGUGUGCCCUGCAAGGGGGCACCGGUCUGCAGUCCCUGCCAUCCCCUUUCCAAGCUCUCCCAGUGAGGACCAGCUCUGCAGGAGGACCAGGAGGGCUAGUACUUGGAUGGAUUGGCUGCUUUGAGGCUCCCAUGCUCUCACAUCCCUGCUCCAGCUGAGCCCACGCUUGUUUUAUUGUGUGACUUGCCCCCACUGGCCCCUACCAUGGCUGGCUGGAGGAUCCCGUGCUUGCUGCUGCUGGGCUCCGUGCUGGGGUUGGCAGCGGGCCGGAGACUGAUCUGCUGGCAGGCGAUGAUGCAGUGCCAGGGCGAGAUGGAGUGCCACUAUGCCUACAGCCAGUACACGGAUGCCUGCGCCUCGGUGCUGCCCAGGCCGGGGGAGACCCCCUCCUCGUCCCAUAGCUCCGGCCGGCGCCGGUGCCCCAGUCAUUGCAUCGCUGCCCUCAUCCAGCUCAACCACACCAAGCGGGGGCCCGCGCUGGAGGACUGCGACUGCGCCAUGGACGAGGUGUGCAAAGCCACCAAGCGGGCCAUCGAGCCGUGCCUGCCCAGGACCAGCGGCGGUGGCGGCGGCGGCUCGGCCGGGGGAGGUGCCGGAGGUGGCGCCCAUGCUGGAGGUGGCGGGAGCAGCGCGGGAGGAGGGGCGGUGAUGGGCUGCAUGGAAGCCCGCAGGGUGUGCGAGGCUGACCGGCGAUGCAGCAUCUCGCUGGGCCGCUACCUGAACCACUGCGGGCGGCUGUUCAAUGGGGUGCGCUGCACGGAGGAGUGCAGGGCGGUGAUCGAGGACAUGAUGCAGGUGCCCAAGGCCAUGCUGCUCAAUGACUGUGUGUGUGACGGCAUGGAGAGGGCCAUCUGCGAGUCCAUCAAGGAGAACAUGGCCAGGCUUUGCUUUGGGGCGGAGAUGGGUAUGGGGGGCCCGGGCAGCAGCGGGGGGUCAGACUAUGACUAUGGGGAUGAGUACGAUGAUGAAGAGAUUGGGGGCAGUAAGGGCUCUAUUGAGGACGGAGUGAUGGUGGAGGGCAGGAAGGUCAAUCAGGGCAGUGAUAGCAAUGGGACUACUGCUUGCGCUGCCCUUUCGUGGACUCUCCUGGCAGCCAUUGGACUAAUGCUAGGGUUGCUAUAGCUGGGUUGAUGUGGACAAGUCAAUGUGUGUCAUGCUAUGAGUUGGGUAUAAAGAGUCAAUCUGGGGCAACGUUCUAUGAAUGGAACAUUUCUUAGAACUCCACUCUUAAACUGUGCCCCAGGAAUACUAUUUAUACAUACAACCCCUAUGAGUGCUGUUUUAUUCCCCAUCCCAGGGUAACUGGCUGCUACCAUCACACCCUAUUCACUGAGGUACUAGGUGCCCUCUUUGCGUGUGGGUUGGGGUGAACACUUUGACACUCCAGGCACUCACAUGUCAAUCUCAUGCAACAUGCGGGUUGGUGAUUACUUGAUGCCCAGUCAGUGCAACUCUUAUCACCUUACUAAAGCUGUGCCUUAACAAAUCUAUUUCCAUGUGGGCGCUAUGGGAGGAGAGUCGGAAUCUAAAGACAGCUGAAGAGCUGCCAGACCAGGUGCCAGUGUAUGCAUAAGUUAACAGUGCUCAUUUAACCACCAUUCACCCUGCCAUAGUCUCACCCUCUCAUCAGCUGUUCUUGCCUGUAUUAAAUACCUGCACAUCCAAGCAGUUGGAAGAGGGGGGAGAGGGUCAACUAGGACAACAUAUGUCAUGUUAGUUGUAAAACAUAUGAGUUAUAUGUAUAUAAAAAAACUAUAUAUGAGUUAUGUAUGAAAAGCAGUUCUGGAGUAAAGUUCUAACAGUGAAUUAGUCAUGAGUGAAAAUAAAUUCUGAUGCACUUUUACAACUUUGCCCCAAACUGCUUUUUACAUAUAAAUCUCUAUGUAUCCACUAUGCAGUACUGUACACACUUUAAGAGUUAGCAUAGUCACCAGAAAUGCCUUUAAUUGUAUUAAUUCAGUGCUCUCUAGGCUUAAAUGCUUGUUUGAAAACACUGUGACAGGUGUACCAGCUGAAGUUCCCAAAAUGACUGCUUUACAGUUACUGAUUUAACCCUUCAGUGCCUCUUUCACCAAUGCCAGACUCAAAAACGAUUCCAAGUUUGCCUUACUGUGUUUAAGAGAUUCUGGUAUUUAAAGCACAGAAUAAUGUCUUAAUUUCAGAAUGCAGAUUUACAACAACUGAUUACAAGUUUCAGAGGUAGAGAUAGCAUCACUUUUUGUAAUAAAAUCACCAUUGUUGUGAAUUACCAUCCAUAAAGCUUCUGGGGUCUAUUCACUAAAUAGUGAAGAUGAUUGAAAACCCCUUCCACCUAAAGUCUGUGGAUAGACAGGAUAGUCCUGUGGGAAAUGCAAGUCUUAUGGCUUGACUGGUGUGCAGAUUUUUGUUUAACAUUGUAUUAACUAUCCACUAAAUAGUGAAUUAGGAUGUGCUCACUACCAACUUUUUAAAUUUGGACAAAAAAAACCCUUCAAAUGUAUAACUUGUCAUAAUUUUUGCAACCCAUUUUUUCACUUUUAACAAGUCAUUGAUUAGUAAAUAAACCCCUUUGUUUUUAUGAGAUUUUAUUUUGUGAUGCAGCAUUUGGCAUUGUUAUGCAAAUGUAAUUUUUUUUUUAAUUGUAAUUAUUUUCAGCAGGGGAAACCCUUAUCAUUUAUCUCCUCCUCAGAUAGUUGGUGGAUUACUUGAGCAAAGCAACUUGUCUAAAAGCUCUGCACUGCCAUCCUAAAAAAGACACCUUUAUCGAUAUUGUGUAAAUAGCAUUCAGAUUUUUAUAUUGCUUCUAAAGGUAUCAAUGUGAUUCAGUCUGGCAAGACUUAUAAAUAGUGUAUUUAAAAGUGGAUUGUUUUUUAUAUUUUAGGUUGUUAUACAUGUGUACAUAUUUUUAUAUAAAACGUAUCCUCUGAAUAAUUUAUUUAAAAUAUAGAGAUGAAUUCUAUGCGCUCACCAAUGUGAUGCUUUUAAGAAAGGUACAUAAAAUAAUGGAUGUGUUUCAAAAUGUACAGUGUAUUUUAUAGAUUUGUUGAUGUGAAUCCUAUUUUUGCAGAGAAUUUAUGGACAUUUUAGAAUUGCAUAAAUGAUUUUAAGUGCUGCCUUACAUUUUCCUUUUUUUUGUAUUUUUAUAAAUGCAAUAACAGCAUCAUCUGAAAGGAAAAUAUUGACUGUAUUUUCUCCCUUCAAUAGUAAAUGAUUUUACAAAGAACUGAGGUUGG